AUGGCCUCGGAGCAGGCGGUGCGCGAGCGGCUGCGGCGCGCGGGCCAGGAGCACCUCCUGCGCUUCUGCGCCGAGCUGGCGCCUGGGCCGCGUGCCGCGCUGCUGGCCGAGCUGGCGCCGCUGGAGCCCGACGCGCUGCGCGAGCACUGCCGGCGCGCGGCCGCGUUCCGCGCGCGACCCCCGGGCCCGCCGGCCGGCCUGGCCGCGCGCCUGCAACCGCUACCCCCCGAGCGCGUGGGCAGCGCCCCCCGCGGCGACCCCGACGCGCGGCGUCUGUGGGAGGAUGAAGGUUUCCACCAGAUCGCUCUGGGCAAGGUGGCUGUGCUGCUGCUGGCUGGCGGGCAGGGCACGCGCCUGGGCGUGCCCUACCCCAAGGGCAUGUACCAGGUGGGACUGCCCAGCCAGAAAACCCUGUACCAGCUGCAGGCCGAGAGGAUCCGGCGGGUGGAGCAGCUGGCUGGCCAACGCCAUGGGACACGCUGCGCCGUACCUUGGUACAUCAUGACAAGUGAGUUCACGCUCGGGCCCACAGCCGAGUUCUUCCGGGAGCACAGCUUCUUCCAACUGGACCCCAAGAACAUCGUCAUGUUCGAGCAGCGCAUGCUGCCUGCCGUGGGCUUUGAUGGCAGGGCCAUCCUGGAGCGGAAGGACAAGGUCGCCAUGGCACCAGACGGCAACGGGGGUCUGUACUGCGCGCUGGCAGACCACCAGAUCCUGGAGGACAUGGAGCGCCGCGGGGUGGAGUUCGUGCACGUCUACUGUGUGGACAACAUCCUGGUGCGGCUGGCCGACCCGCUGUUCAUCGGCUUCUGCGUGUGCCAGGCGGCCGACUGCGGGACCAAGGUGGUGCAAAAAGCGUACCCCGAGGAGCCCGUGGGCGUGGUGUGCCAGGUGGAUGGUGUGCCCCAGGUGGUGGAGUACAGUGAGAUGGACCUGGAGGCCAUGCAGCUGCGUGGGCCGGACGGGGACCUGCUGUUCGGCGCAGGCAACAUCUGUAACCACUUCUUCACCAGGGACUUCCUCCAGAGGGUCAUCAGGGAGUGUGAGCCGCUGCUGCAGCCCCACGUGGCUGUCAAGAAGGUCCCGUACGUGGACGAGGAAGGGAACCCAGUCAGGCCGCUCGAGCCCAAUGGAAUCAAGAUGGAGAAGUUUGUGUUCGACGUGUUCCAGUUUGCUACGAACUUCGUGGCCUUUGAGGUGCAAAGGGAGGAGGAGUUUUCUCCACUGAAGAAUGGGAAUUCUGCCGCUAGAGACUCCCCGGCCACGGCCCGCCGGGCCCUGCUGUGGCAGCACUACCGUUGGGCCCUCCAGGCGGGGGCCCGUUUCCUCGACACACAUGGGGCCCCACUUCCGGAGAAGCCCAGCCUGCUGGACGGAGAAGAGCCACCGGCCAUCUGUGAGAUCUCACCCCUGGUGUCCUGCUCUGGAGAGGGACUGGAGAUGUACCUGCGAGGCCGGGAGUUCCGGUCCCCCCUCAUCCUGGAUGAGAAGAAAGCCAGGGCACUACAGCCGUGACCAGCCACCCUCUGCCUGCACUGGACACAGGACGACUUCGUCCACUCACAGAAAGACGUGGUCCAAGGGGCUGCCUUCUGCCCAGCAGCAGCCAAAGCUGGCAUGAC